AUGUCUUCCCCUAUUGUCUUCGUUUGUGGUGCAACAGGCACCCAAGGCGGCGCUCUCACCACCCACCUUCUACAACAUAACAUCCAAGUCCACGCCAUCACUCGCAACAUCCAAUCAGAAGCUGCUCAAAAGAUCAAAAACCACGGCGUAUAUCUGACCGAGGGCGAUUUUGACAAUGAAGGAACUCUCCAAAAAGCUAUGAUCAACUGCACAAGCCUUUUCCUCAAUUUAUCUCCAAACCAUCAGAACCCAUCAGCCGAACUCAGCCAAGCAAAAAGCAUCAUAUCCAUCGCAAAAAAAGCCGGCAUCACACAAAUCAUCUACACCAGUGCGAUGGGCACCGUCAACCCCGAACGCCUACCGCGCUGGGACCCGACAAACCUCGCCGCCAAAGUCCUUCUCAGCAAACAAUCCAUCGAGAAGGAAAUCCAGAACGCAGGAUUCGAGCACUGGACCAUUCUACGGCCGGGAAAUUUCAUGUCAAACUUCUUGAACCCCCCUCGUUCGAAUGUAUCAGGGUCUCGUCGAGACUGGGAAAUUCACGACGGCUUUUACUCCCGAGACGGUCCUUCCUAUGGUUGA